CAUUACAGCGUACUACUGUGAUAUAUAUGCAACGUGUAGCUAUCCGUGCUGGCUGGACCUGUGCUGCAGAUUCGCGGUUGUUACUUGCGGAAUUCCACGAUUACUAACUGAAAUCUACUACAUUUAGAGUGCAAGUUUAUGUUGGGAUUCUUCUAUUUUGUGCUUUUCUUUGAUGCAAGGUGUGGUGAACGAAAAGACAGUGCUAAACAUUACGUUUAUCAGUGAGUCACUUCCCUCGAUUUGCGACCUCUCUCUGCGCUGUCUGUCCAUGCCAUUGGAAAGCAACAUGUCUGAUGGCCAGUACCAUUCAUAAACAAGAAGUUUACAUGCCUGCAAUAUCCACCACGUAGAGUGAAAUCAUUUCCCCAAACGGCCCAGCCAAGACGCCCAUAUUCUUAUUUUGACUGCAUGUAAUUAUCAUGAAGGAAAGAUCCCGGAGUCGUUGGUCCUUUUCCUCGUGGAGACCUCGUAGUAGAAAGAAGGCACAAGAGGCAGCCCUAGCCCAAAAGAGUUCAACUGAUGAUAUACAAGUCUCAUACUCAGCAGAGAAUGUCGCUACUGAGAUUAAGGGGACCAUGACGCCCCCUGUAGAGCGUAAGAAUAAGAAGUCUACGAUACCUCGAUUCUUCAAACCUUGGAAAUGGAAGAGGAAGAAGAAGACUGAUGUCUGUAAAGACUCCGCUCCAGUUUACUGCAAUGAGGAAACGGCAGGACAACUUCAAACGCAAGAUGGCGUCCCAGCCUCCACAGAACCAAACAGUAGAAUUCCUGAGGCUUCAGUUUCUACAGACAAGGGAGACGACCAUCUUCCAUCAGAGUCAACAGAAAGCCAAGCUGCAAGUGGGUUGACCGAUGUAACCAAGGUCGAGAUCAACCACACCGACCCUGGCUCUCCUCCAGUCACUGGGGCAGCCACGCCCUCCUUGGCCCCGCCCUCCCCUGGAGGUAUAGCACCCCCAUUACCGGAGAAGGCGGGUAGGGUCAGCCCCGCCCUCCCUCCGAAGAGGUCACCCGCACUUCCUCCGAAGCAGAAUGCUCGUGGGAAUGUACAAAUGGGGGGCUCACCAUCUGUUAAUCAUGCUGGAUUUGCAGUCAACCACGCUGGGCAGGCGGGUAAAGGCGGAUCCAGGAACAUCAGCUUUGGAAGUAAUGUUCAAAACAUACCCGAUGCUGAUGGUGAUGGUAAUGAGAGAUCUGAUGUUAAUGGUCAAUGCAACGGUGACGUCAACCAUGAUGACCAAUCAGAUGACGAUGAGGAUAGUCUUAGUGACUAUGAGAAUAACAAAGAGAAUGAGAAUGAUAGUUACAGUGAUGAAGACGUUAAUUCUGGUCUUGUGGCCAAAGUGAUGCGUAACGACAGUCUAGCAUUCCAUCUUCGUAACCGACCACCAAGAACAGUUCUUGUGGAGAGGAAUAUCCUCCCCCAGCAAACUGACGAUGAGAAAAAACAAUUAAGGGACGCUGUUGGCGCCCAACUAGUCAGGCGGUUGAGCCAGAGACCGACCCAAGAUGAGCUAGCUCAGAGGAAUAUUUAUAGAGAACAAGUGCCAGAGAGACGAGAAAAGGAGAAAUUGGAAGAGAAGAAGAGGAUCUUAGUCAGAAAGCUGAGUUUCCGUCCAACAGUCGAGGAGUUGAGGCAAAGGAACAUCAUAAAAUUCAAUGAGUAUGUGGAGGUAAUGGAAGCCUUUGAUUAUGACAGAAAAGCCGAAAAACCCUGGACAAAACUGACGCCUCAAGACAAGGCAUCAAUCAGAAAGGAGCUAAAUGACUUCAAGAGCGAGGAGAUGAACGUACAUGAAGAAAGUAGAAAGUACACAAGGUUUCACAGACCUUGAUGUAUUUACAAGACUUUGACGUCUCAUCCCAGUGUACAAACUGUACGAUAUUGUAAUUACAAGUAGGUGUGGAUAUUGAUUGAUUGAUUGAUUGAUCUAACUGGAUGGUCAUCCUUGACCGCUGUUUACGCUACGCGUAUCAUGGAUCCUUUCAACUCUUUUAAACAUGUCUUAUUGCGGCACAUUCUCUCAGCUUUGUCCUCUGUCUGUGACUGGUCAAAAACACAAUCCAAGAAAGCUUGGCAGAUGCAGCUCAACUGGGAGUAGGUUUCUGCAAUACAUCGCUAGUUGAACUAACAAAAUGGACAUUGGUGUAGUUAUAAUAAAUACCCUUUUACCUGGCUCAAGUAUAACUAUAAGCUGGAAACUGGUCACAAAAAGUGCAGACAUGGUGUUUUGGACUGGUCAUCAGUUUCUGGUAAGCAAAGUUGCUUUAUACCUUUAAGCAUGGGCAAAAUUUCAUAAAGUUGUUAAGCACCAAUACAUGCUGAGCAAAUUUGUUUGCCAAUUUGCAGAGAACCUGUGACAAACAAUAUAAAUGUCAUGGUAUCUUGGCUGGUAACCUGUUUUUGCUAAGUAAGAUUUUCCGCGUUCAGCAAUUUGCUGUUGUGCUUAACAGCUUAAUGAAAUCAAGCCCUGGUUGUAGAAGAAGCAAGAAAGUUUUCCUUGUCUUCUCUCCAUGGGGUUCUUGACCAGUCAAAAGUGACUCAGUUUACUUUCUAUGGAUCCUUGGCUUCGCAACCAGAAUUAAUAAAUAAAAAUAAGCUGUUCGUCCCGAAUAAAUAAUUCUGAGAUUUUCAAAGGUCACAGAGGGAUCUACGUGAAAGGUAUUUUUCCUUGUGGUGUCUUUAGAAAGUUUAAAGGUUUGUUCGAGCAGAGUGUUCUGGAAGUUUGUGCAAUGAAAUUUCAUUGGAACACUGACAAUCUGUACAAAAUUUGAUCUUGAUUGGGAGAAAAAAAUAAAACUCAUUGCAGGGUUGCAAUGGUGUUGACAUCUCACAAAACCAUCGUGACAUCAGCCAGUGUAAGACGCUCAUUGUAUAAACAUUGGUGGCAUUGCGAUGUAUGCCUAAUGCAUUCUAACUAAUGAAUAAUGCAUUUUAGCUCAUAGAUAUUGUGCUUGAACCCAUGAACAAUGGGUUUGAGCUCAUGAAUAAUGCAUUUGAAAUCAGGAAUGCUUCUUUUGAGCUCAUGAAUGACGUAUUUGAAAUCCUGAAAAAUGCAUUUGAGCUCAUGAAUGACGUAUUUGAAAUCGUGAAUGAUGCAUUUGAGCUCAUGAAUGAUGCAUUUGAAAUCCUGAUAACGCAUUUUAUCUCAUGAAUUAUGCAUUUGAGCUCAUGAAUGAUGCAUUUAAAAUCCUAAAUAACGUGGUUUUCUUAACUUCUCAGAGACAUUGACAAUGACGUUUCAUGUACAAAGUACCGUCUUUCAUAUAAAACUGUCUCAUUGUAUUGGAAAUCUAAAUUCUCCCAACCGAGCGAUGGGUCUUUCACCGUUGGUGAAUUUCUAUUUAAGUAUUGCCUUUUUAGCAUAUUAAGAAGCUGUAUGUAAUCCUUGUUAUUGGUGAAGCAUGUAUUGAGAAUUUAACUAAUUGUAGGGAACGGUUUCAGUGUAACAUAUUAUUGGGAAACCGUUUCUGUUUUGUUGUUUUUAUGAAAUGCCUGCAAUUUAAUUAUAAAACGCAAGCUGAGUUUUCUCGUAGAGUCGAUCACGUAUGCCGAUUUGUUUGUUUUUGUCGUAAUUUUUAUAAUGGCUGAUUACUAUGGAUUUGGCUUUGUAUAUGGUACAUGUAUAAUUGAACUGUAGAGAUUUCAGUUUAGGCAUUAGAAUGCAAUCAAUUAAUCUGUCAUUUUAAUUCAUAUUUUUUCUCUAACUUAUAUUAUUAUUAUUAUUUUUUUUUCUCGUCUCGGAAUGUUGCUGUGAAUAAAAAAAUAAAACAACUAUCAGGAUUUUAAAGGGGAACAAGAAUUUUAUUGAAAAUAUUCUAGAUAAAGUGCAGUAUUGGUUACUCCGCCCUAAAUAAAAAUGUUUUAAAACUACUUUGUAUUGGCUUUGUAUAAACGAUCCUUGUUUACAAAUAAUUUGAAUUGAAUUUACAUUGCAGUUUUGACUUCAUAAAACGAUUUUCUUUUGUGCAUUUUUGAUAAUAACUAGCAUUGUUGUUGUCGAUGAAUUUCUUUUUGUUCAACAUUUUAACUGAAGUAUUAAAAACAAUUUUUUUUUUCAUUUCAUUUCAGUCCCUAUGAUCUGAAGUCCUUCCCCUUGUUAAUAGAUUCAUAAAGCCUGUAAGCACAACAAUGGUCAUAUCUUGCUUCGCCAAGAAAUUGGCUUAGCAGAAGUUUCUUCCGAACAGCUUUAUGAAAUGUGGCUGUAGUUCCUAGUAUGGCCCAGUUUCAUGAAGCUGUUCUUAUCAAGAGCUCUGUGUAUUUUAUGAAAAGUGUCAACUAACCUCAAAAAGAAAGCAAUUUACAAAGAAUGUGCCACAUUUUUCUUAUUACAUGUGUGUUCAUCUGUCUGAAAGCAGCCAUCUGAUUGGUUGCUUGACAGCUAUACUUGUGACAGGUUUAUUUUCUAAUUAAUUAAUUAAUUAAUUAAGCGUAGUCUGUGCUACGUGUUAUUUUAAGAGCUAAUUGUAAUAAUAACUUAAUGAGUAGUUUUGUUUUACUUUUUUAGAAGCGUCUUCCAAGAGUAGUUUGUGUAUGUAACGAUUUUAUCAUUGGCUGUUCUAAUACGACGUAUUCCUUCUGUUUUUGGACGCAUUUGGGACAAUUACAAUGAUGCUAAUGGAUGAAACCAGA